CAGUUCCACGGGCAGGGGAGCGGAGGCUGGGCUUCAAGUUUCUGACUUGGUGCUGACUCGCAGUUUUCCUCGCAGGCUGACAGAGGGUUCAGUGCGGAAUUGCGGAGCGUUCUCUGCUGUGUGCAGCCAGUUCGGCCCCACUGCGGGCUCCGACCCAUGGACUCCCUCCGUCGGGGAGGGUCGGGGGGCAGUCAGCCUCGGCAGCAGAUCCACGCCUGAUACCGAGCUUGUCCACUGCCCGCGGGGAGAACUCUGACUGGGGGCUGCAGAGCACGGAUCGCUCUGAGAGAAAGGGAGGCAGGAGAACCAUUGGAAUAGAGUCGGCCAUCCCACCGAGGCCAGCACAGCACAGCACAGCACGGCUCGGCCUGGCUCAGCCCGGCCACCGCCAGGUCACUCUGGAUUGAAAAAUGGCUGCGCUAUGGUUAAUCUGGUACUUGCUGCUUGUGGUCUUCAUUGACUUUGUUUAUUCUUCAGAUGGACCCAGGAUCACAGAAUGCCGCUCGCCAGAACAGGAGACCUUUACGUGCAGGUGGAGUGUUGGAAAUGAUCAGAAUUUUACCGAACAUGGCCAACUGAAAUUCUUCUAUACAAAGGGGAAAAAUCCCAACUGGAGAGAAUGUCCAAAGUAUAUCACCAGAGAAAACAGCUGUUUUUUCAAUCAGACUCACACUUCAGAGACUGAGUACUGUGUCCAACUAAAGUCUGACAACAUCACACACGACCAUCGAUGCUUUGUACUCGCUGAAAUUGUAAAACCAGAUGCUCCAAUCUCAUUGAACUGGUCACUCUUGAACAUUAGCCAGUCGGGAUUGUUCAUGGACAUACAGCUGUGGUGGGAAGUUUCCGCUAACACCGAUGCCAGCUCUGGACGGAUCCCACGUAAAUUUGAAAUCCAGUAUAAACCCAGCCAGGCUGAGCACUGGAAUGUGAUUGAAACUUUGCCUGGCCAGCAUCCUCCUCAACCUCUUUACAGCUUUGCAACAGGGAAGGAGUACGCUAUCCGACUGAAGUGCAUUUACCAUAACGUUGGCAAUUUCAGUGAAUUCAGCAACAUUUUAAAUGUCUUCCUGCCAACACCACAGUCAGUAGAAGUUCCUUUGGAAAGGCCCAGCAUCAUUGAAUGCCGCUCACCAGAGCAGGAAACAUUCACCUGCAGGUGGAGCACUGGAAAUUACCAAAACCUGACGGAACUAAGGCAACUAAAAUUCUUUUACACAAAGGGAAAUAAUGCUGACUGGAAAGAAUGUCCGAAAUACUUGUCCAACAAAAACUCCUGCUACUUCAACCAGACCUACACCUCCAUCUGGGUUUCAUACUGCGUACAGCUGAAGUCUGAAUUUCAGGAUCAGAACAUCACUUUCGAUAAACGGUGCUUCUCCAUUGAUAACAUAGUGAAGCCGGAUCCUCCGAUUUCACUGAACUGGACUCUGCUGAACAUCAGCCAGUUGGGUCUGCUUGCUGACGUCCAGAUGUGGUGGGAGCCUCCACCUACUGCUGAUAUUAAAAAUGGAUGGAUAUCUCUGAAGUAUGAGAUCCAGUAUAAAACCAGUGAGAGUAACCACUGGGAUUCGAUCGAAGCCUUCUCAACCGCCCAUCCGGUGUAUGCUCUCAGUACUGGCAAGAGUUAUGACAUCAAGCUCCGAUGUAAACAGAUCGCCAAUGGGGACUUCAGUGAGUUCAGUGAUGUGUUGAGCAUCUUUAUUCCAGCACCUCAAUCAGCAGAAGAAGCAGGUCUGUUGUUCAGGAUAAUCCUGGUCUUUGCUUCACUGGGCACAACCCUGAUGCUAUUCUUGAUCCUGUACACCAAGAACCAAAGACUGAAGCUGUUCUUUCUGCCUCCUGUUCCUGUGCCCAAAAUCAAAGGAAUUGAUUCAGAUCUUCUUAAGAAAGGUAAAAUGGAUGAAGUGAACUCGAUCUUUGCAAACCACCUGAGCUACAAGUCUGAUAUAUGUAUUGAUGAUCCUUGGAUAGAAUUCAUUGAUAUUGACCUUGAUGAUGCAGAUGGAAAGACAGAGGUGUUGGAUACAGACAGACUCCUUGAGUCUGGCCACCCGAAGCCGGACAAUUGCCUGACUGCCAAGGAUGAUGAUUCUGGCCGUGACAGUUGUUACGAACCAGAGGUUUCUGAAGCAGAAGGAGCUGGCUGUAAACAAAAUGCCAGUGAAUUAACCAGCUUUCAGUUGAAAACCAGUGAUAGAAAAGAAGACAUGAAGAACGACAUGGGAAUUAUUUUGGGCGUGUCGGGUGUAGAUGACAAAAAGAGCCAGCAACCAAACAAUGAGGAAUGUGAGUGUAGCAAAGUGGAACAGGUUACCAUAGACACUGGAUUAACAGCCUCAACCAAAACUGAGUUCAGUCAUCCACCUGUACAUAGCCAACUCAGCAACCAGAGUUCCUUUGGGAAGAUGGACUUUUACGCACAGGUAAGUGACAUCACCCCUACAGGGGGUGUCCUCCUCUCCCCAGGGCAGCAGAACAAAAUGGAGCUAGCCCCAGCCAAAGAAACCUCAGCUGAUCUAAAGGCAAACCAGAAAGACAAGCGUUCAGACAACGCCUACACGUCAGAAGGUGAUAUGAAGCAGUUUUGUGCCAGCAGCACAAGCAAAGAAAACCUAUCAGGUGCAGAGAAAAACCUUAAUCGAAGCAACUAUUUCACCACAGAGAGCCUUGCAAGUACCAUGGUUGGAUCCUGUAAAGAAACAGAAAACACAAGGCAGCCAACGUUACCUGUCCCAGACUAUACCUCGAUACACAUGGUGGACUCUCAACAGAGCCUAUUGUUGAACCCAAGUGCAUUGCCCAGCAAGAGUCAGCCCACCCUUGCUGGGUAUCUGAUGCCUGAACAACUUGGCAGUGUCAUCCCCUAGUUACAGCAUCUAACUUCAGCGCACUGUUAUAAGAGCUGUCUGAUAGACUUUGUGUAUAAUGAUAUGAAAGUAUUAGCUCAAAAGAAACACACAACGGUACGACCAUUAAGAAAUAUUAUAACUGAUAAAUCAAGACUAAGAAUUAUUUUUAAAUGUCAGCUAUAUUUGUUAGUGAGAAAAGGCUGUAUUUUUAUAAAGCUAAAACGAUUCCCAGAUAAAGAAGCUGGACUAUAAUUGGAAGAAAGUUCUCUGCCAAUCAGACUGGGAAUCCUGUUUCUCAGUAAGCCAUUUCUAUAAUUCUUGGAAAUACCUGCUGCGAAUGGGUCAUAAAUGUGCCCGAAAUAAUUUGGGGAUCAGGGAAAGGAACAAUGCCCUGAAAUCUUAUGUCCCUAAAACAUCAAGCCCGUAUAAUCAGUGGAACUGAACUUUGGAGGCACGUGUACAAUGCAAAUCCCCCAUUAUUUCGUGAUAAAUUUUUAGGCAGUGUUAUCACUCUAAAAUAAUAGUGCUCACAGUGGUUCAGUCAGCACUCUUCCCAAUGUUUGUGACAACCCUUAGUAUACUCCUUUUCAAUUUAGAUGGACGGGAAUGGCAGAAAUAUCCAACAAAAGCUUUACCUUAAAGUGGAUCUCAGGAACAAAGCUAAUGUCAAUAACCUGGCACCUUUAAAGGAAUGUAAACGUUAGUCCCCUUCCCAACAGGUCACUAAGCUCUUUAAAAGGGGAAGCUGAGGGCAAAUACACUCUACAAAGCUUUCACUCUGUUAUCUCUCAAAUGGCUGGGAAAGUAAGAACCAUGCUGAGUUGAGCUUCAGUUGUUCAAUGUUGUGUGUGAGAGUGAAAUGAAACAUUGCAGUGCAAACUUAUUUCUUACCUUAAAGUCUCUUCUGCCUUUCUCAGUACUCGAGCCAAUCAGCCCCUGAAGCAACUUGUUAAAACUUCUCUUAAGUGGAAACCCUCUCUUACAUCAGCCGGCACUGUUUAUAGAGAUGCAGUGUAUAAUAGGGAAGUUGGAUAAACUCUUUCUGCCCUGUUUUUAUGUAAUUUAGGUAAAAUAAUCAGAAAAAAACCUCAAACUGAGUUCUUGAUAUUAACUUAACAUAAUAAGAGCAUUCAUCCCUUGUUUAAUAUGUUGGUCUGUUCAAAUAGUUGAUUGCAGGUAACUCCACUCCAAAGUUGUUGAAGUGGGAUUAGUGUUAUCAAUGGAAUGCUCUGCAGUGAGUCUCAGACCAAGUGGGAUUUGAUCCCAUUGUUGAUCUUGCAACUUCGCAGUGAAUAGUCAGCAGAGCAACCUUGCUAUACAGCAGACUCCCCCCACUCAUUCCAACUUCUUGCAAGUAAGAAAUUUGAUACUAUUACUAAAAUGUGAAAAUAGCAUUGCUCAGAUAAAUGUCUUUAUAAAUUAGGGAUAUAUUUUCAAAAAUUUCAUAGAUUCAUCAAGUUAUACAGCAUGAAAACAGGCUCUUCGGCCCAACUCAUCCAUACUGACCAAGUUGCCUAUCUACACCAAUCCCAUCUGCCUGCAUUUAUCCCAUAUCCCUCUAUCCCUAUCCGUGAACCUGUCCAAGUAUCUUUUCAACGUCGUUUGCCCACCUCUACCACUUCCUCUGGCAGCUCGUUCUACAUACCCACCACCCUCUGUGUGAAAACCUUGACCUCAGAUCCCCUUUAAUCCUUUUCCCUUUCACCUUAAAUCUAGUUUUAGAUUCCCCUACCUUGGGAAAAGGAGUGUGACCAUCUCUCCUAUCUAUGCUCCUCAUAACUUUAAAAUCUCUACAAAAUCACCCCUCAGCCUCCUUCGCUCCAAGGAAAACAAUCCCAGUUUAUCCAGUCUCUUUUUAUAACUCAAGCCCUCUCAGCCUGGCAACUUCCUUGUGAAUCUGUUCUGCAGCCUCUCUUCCUUUUAAUCAAUAUCCUUCCUAUUGUAUGGCCACCAGAACUGUACACAAUACUCCAAGUGUGGUCUCACCACAUUUUGUACUACUGUGACAUGACAUCCCAACUCCUGUACUCAGUGCCACAGCCGGUGAAGGCCAGCAGGCCAUGCGCCUUCUUCACUAGCCUGUCUACCUCUGUUGCCACUUUCAGGGAACUAUGUACUUGGUCCCUCUGUUCAGCAACACUCCCCAGGUCACUGUGUAUGUCCUGCCCGGGUUUAAUUUCCCCAAAAUGCAUCACCUCACCCUUGUCCGACUUAAAUUCCAUCUGCCAUUCCUUUGCCCACUUUCCCAGUUGACCCAGAUCCUUUUGUAACCUCAGGUAAUCUUCACUGUCCACUACACCACUGAUGCUGCUGUUAUCUGCAAACUUGCUAUUCAUGCCAUGUGUUCUCAUCCAAAUCAGUAGUGUAUUUGGCAAACAAUAAAGGACCCAGCACCAAUCGCUGCAGCACACCAAUACUUACUGGUCUCCAAUCUGAAAAGCAACCCUCUACUACCACUCCCUGCCUCCUUCCACCAAGUGAAUUAGCUAGCUCACCCUGGAUCUCAUGUAUUCUAACCUUCUGGACCAACCUACCAUACAGGACCUUGUCAAAAGCCUUGCUAAAGUCCAUGUAGAUAACACCUGCGCCCUAUCCUCGUCAAUUCUCUUGGUCACCACCUCAAAAGACUCAAAUUCAUUGUAUGUUCAUUAUAUAUGUGUUCGUUCUGGACCAGCCCACCAUGAGAGACCUUGUCAAAUGCUCAGCUUAAGUCCAUGUAGACAACAUCCACUACCCUACCUUCAUCAAUCAUCUUCGUCAUCCCCUCAAAAACCUCAAAUCAAGUUUAUAAAACAUGACCUCACCUGCACAAAGCCAUGUUGACUAUCCCGAAUAAGUCCUUGCUUUUUAAAAUGCAAGUAAAUCCUAGCCUUAAGAAUCUUCUGCAGUAAUCUCCCUACCACUGAUGUAAGGCUCACUGUCCUAUAAUUUCCUGGUUUUUCCCUGCUGCCUUUCUUAAACAAAGGAACAACACUGGCUGUUCUCCAGUUCUCUGCAACCUUGCCUGUGGCUAAAGUGCUCUGUCAAGGCCCCAGUUGUUGGCCUGAAACAUUAAGUCUGUUUUCCCUCCACAGACGCUGCUUGACCUCCGGAGUAUUUCCAGUAUUGUUACUUACAAAGCUUUAAGCCAUCACCAGUACGGGUUUUGUUUUUCUCUAAUUUCCGUCAGUAGAUUUAAGGAUAUAUCCAAGAGUUAUAAUCACUGUGAGAAUAUUCUUUACCAAUGUCUUACUCCGUUUCCACCCCUAGCUCCUCCCCAAAGUAUGCUGCUACUUGUGGUUUCUCAGUAAAUAUUCUCUCUAUGGGAGCUCUGAACUUCCACCUGCCAAUGAGUGCUGAGCCAUCCUUUAUCUUCAUAAUGAGUGCUGGGACAAAGCCAUUCACCUCCAGCCCACCCUAUCCCAGUAAUAUUCGGGUUAGCACCGUCCACCCAGUAGUAUUACAUGGUUGUCCCAGGAAGCAGUCAUAAAUGCAACUUUCAGGAACAGUGGACAGUCGAGAACCACAAAUACCUACAUGGAGGCAUACGGAACCAUAAAUCUGCUGAAAUAUACUUACUCAAUGCACCAGAGAAAGAGGCCAUUGGAUCAAUCUGGCCCAGGGCAUCCAGCGGAUCUAACCCCUCAUUCCCCCAAUCCUGACAUCAGGCAUUUUACCAGUGGCAUCAUGCAAGCUUCCUUAAUCCCAUUCAUAAAUUGAUUAUAUGUUAAUCAGUACUUGAUUAACUUUUUAUCCAUUUUACAAAAGUGCUUUGAGUUACAAAACCAUCCUGUGCCAACUAGAAAGGUGAAAGACAGAUAAAAUAUUGAAAUUUUUAGCUUACACCAAGCUUUGCUCAGGGACUGUAAAAGUACCUCAUCAUUGUUCUAUUUUAUUGAAUUUUUUUAACAAGCAAUUUUAUAGUAUCAUCUCCCUGGAAAAAUGUGAAUCCAACAAGAUUAAAAAAAAAUGAUUAUAAGGAUUGUACUUUUCUGGGAGACACAUACUCCUGUAGAUCACAUUACAUUGCAGACAGGGUAGGGCUAAAUCUGUGGGAGUUGCCCAAAAGGCCUCUGCAGCUUGUUCUACCUGACCUUAACUUGCCUCCAGUAACUUGCUUCCCAAUAACAAUGGGAGUGGCAUCACCGCAAGGGCUGCAGCAGCUGAAGGUUUACCACCGGCACCUCAAGAACAGUCAGGAUUGGGCAGUAAUUGCUGAGCUUGUCCACAUACUGAAAACUGAAUAAGUAUAAAAGCCAAUAAGUGCUCCAACACUAUUAUAAAAUAAUGGUUCUUUAAAAAUUGCUGCAUUAUAGUGCAAUAUUCCUUCAACAGAGUUUACAGUGGGACUGGUGUUGGGGGUACUGGCAAUGUAAAUUACUCCGACUCCAGGAAAAGUGAAAGCCAGGUUCUUUUUAGAAGAAAACAUCUCCUAUCUGAGCACUGCUGUUUUGACUUUGUGCUGCUUGUAAAGCAGCCUUACAGGAUUUGUUCCAUUUGAGAAAACCAACUUGAUCUGCAUGCUGGUGUAUUUAUUUCCACAUGGGUGAAUUAAGAUUUGGACCUGAUCUUGUAUUCUCCUUAAACCCAGAUGCCAUUUCUCCAUGUUUCUGAAAGGCACAUUAUAAUAGCAGGAGCAGGAACCCAUAUAGAAUGGUCACAGCACAGACCUGGGCUCAUCGUGCUCCAGGUCUCCACCAAAGCAACUCACCAGUUCCACCCCAUCCUCAUCCUCCCCCCCCGCCCUUUCUCCGUAGCUUAACAAUAUUUUUCCUCACCCUAUAUUUAUCCAAUGACCUCAAAGACCUCAGUGGAACCUGCCUCUCCCACAUCUGGAGGCAGUGCAUUCCAGAUUCCAACCACAUGCUGUGAAAACACAUAUUUCCUCGCAUCACUGAAGAUUCUCUCCCCCUUAACCAUUGACACCUGUGACACUCGUCCUCAACCUCUCCAGCACCCCCCAUAUCCACUCUGUCCAGUCCCAUCAUCGUUUCAUAUACUUGUAACAGAUCUCCCUUCAUCCUGCUCACAAGUAGAAACAGUCCCAGCCUCUCUGAUCUAUCCUUGUCCCUCAUCCCAGGACAUUCAGUAUAUGAGGUGGGACAUUAUGUUGCAGUUGUAUAAGUCAUUGGUGAGGCUGCACUUGGAGCACUGUGGACAGUUUUGGUCACCCUUGUUGUAGAAAAGACAUGGUUAAACUGGAAAGAGUGCCGAAAAGAAAUACAAGGAUGUUGCCAGGACUAGAGGGCCUUGUCCCUCAUCCCUCAUAAUCUUUUCUGGACCCUCUCCAAUGCCUUCACACCCUUUCUACAAUGAGAUAACUAGAAAUGAACACAAUAUUCCAGUUGAGGUUGGACCAGUGCUUUAUAAAGGUUCGACAUGACUUCCUUGUUUUUAUGCCGAAGUUGUAAAUGCCUUAUUAACCCCUUCCACAACCUGCCCUGUACCUUCAGUGAUGUGCAUCCAUAUCCCUAGAUUCUCUGCUCCUGCACCCCUUUUAGAACAAUAUCCUUUAUUCUAUAUUGCCCUCUUCUUCCUACCAACAUGUGUCACUUCACAUUUCUGCACACUACAACCUUCAUCUGCCCACCCCAUCAGCCUCCCCUAUCCUCCUGCAAUUUAUCAUCAUCCUCUUUGCAACUCACAGAACUGCCGACGAAAGCUACAAAAUAAACUGGGUGUUCCUCACAGGUUUGUGCUGCACCUGCUCUCACAGACUUGCAUGGAGCUCAUGCUGCCACUUUGCUGGAAAUGGUACAGAUGGCUUUGUGAUAUCUUUAUUUUCUGCUCCUGGGGCUACAGGGUAAAAUCACACAUGGGGGUCUUCUUCAAGCAUCCUGUGCCACCAGCACGUACCUGUGCUUUAGUAAGCAGCAGUGCAUGAGCAGCUUCACGUCAAUGAUGGGUGCAGUACAAAGCAAGUAUCUUUCAGGAAGCACAAGGAGCUACCUCAGUCGAGAUAAAAGACACCAAUUAAUUGAAAUUAUAUGAUUACUUAAUCAUGAUUUUAAUUGUUGGACAACAGGAGAAGAGAAACUAAAGUUUCUUUAAUGUGGGCUGAUUUAAUACUAACUGGAGACAUUGAGCAGAUACAGGCUGCUGGUUUCUGAGUAUGAUCAUUCAGUUGGGUGUGGACUGGGGGAAUGGGUGGUAGUUGAGUGGGACCAAUCUGGGAGGUAAAUAAUAGCAAUUGGGAAUGACAGAUUCUUUAGUAAUGGAAUGUACCUUGAUGUCUAAUUUUCUUUAAAUCCUGGAAGGACUUGCAGAUUUUAAUAGGAACAAGCUCGUGAUCUUAGUCAGAGACUUGUUGCUCAGCUGCCAUUGAGAUGUAGCUCAAAUUUUACAGUGGGUGGAUUGCUACAUAUUGUAUGUUACAUACCUGAAAAGUUUCAUGAACUCUUAAAACUACAGAAUAUAUAACAGAAACACUGAUGAUGAAUUAUAUUGCCACGGUGCAUUAGAUAUAUUGAAAAUUAAAAAGAACCUAUUGGAUGAGCACAGAGAUGAAGGGGGCUUGGUCUCCCGUAGAGAGAGGCUCUGCUGCAUUUUCAUCUUGCUGCAUUUUUGUAUUUGUUCAUUGAUAUGGGCUUCAGAGGCUGAGCAAGUAUUGAUUGCCCAACCGUAACUAAGAAGGUGGUGGUGAGCUUGCCUUCUCCAACCACUUCAGUGCUACAGAACAUUUCAAAAGAAGGAAGACAUUGCUUUGUGUUGAUGGUUUAGUUCCCCCUCCAUACGGUCAGUGAGUUGCAGUGGUCGUGUCUCUCCUGUUUUGGGACCAUACGUUAAAAGAAGUGCAAGGAACUGAACACUCAGAUCUUCUAGUCUCUUCAAAGGAUACGUGUGGAGGAGAGUUUUGUCCCAAAUUUAACACAAAAAUAAAACUCACACUGCAUUUUAAUCUGUUGCUGCUGGACCAUAAACAUCAAGUCAUUUGUGAGAACAAUUUUACAGAGUAGGUGACAUUGGUACAUAUCCCACCGCAGCACCUGAGAAAUUCACAUUCAAGUCACUGUCUGGAAUAAAAUCUAGCGUCACUAACAGUAACUAUGAAACUACUUAAUUGUGGUAGAAAUCCACAUGUUUCACAGAUGUUCCGCACGGAAUGGAUCUGCUGUCCUGGCUUAGAAAUGACUCCAGAUGCACCAGAUUCCUCAUGGCCUCCUCAGUUCAGCCGAUUACUAACCAACGAAAGAAUCUUUAUACGAGGAGUUUAAGUGAGUGCCAGGUGUGUAACAAUGUAGAACGUUGCUGCUGAGCCCACUCCCUGUUUUACCAUACACACACGCACAGGUUCAUACACAUAGGUUUCUGAAUAGAACAGGAGGUGGAAGUCUCGAAUUUAUCUUACUCUUGUCUGUGAGCGAUCGAGUGCCUCAUGCCCAGCUCAGGAACACAUAGAUCUUCAUUCUUUUAAAAAUAAGUGGCUUAAGAAUUCUUGAGGCUUCAAGAGUGGUACACUGAAUUGGUGGUGCCUAGUGGGAGGACAAUUUGAGGACAUAUUGUCACAAAAUCCUCUGGUGUUCUGAGGCCCAAAAUAUUGUACACAAAUGAGCAAACACACAGUUAACAAGGUGAAAGGCCAAUCCUUCAGCGUAGUAUGUAGAAACAGGCUGCAGGUAGCUGUUACUCUGUUAGAGUUUUGUUUUAGUACCUGGACCGAAAUGGCAGUGUUUUGUAAGCAGACGAUUUAUAUGUGUAGGUACCAUGAUCCUGCCCAACCUCUACAGUAUUUGUUUAGGGCUUGAAUAAGGUUAGACAAGUAUUUUAUAUGCAUGUUGCUGCUCUGAGUGUGGUGGUUGCCUUAGGGUAACCCUAACCCUAAUGCACAAAGCCAUUCUCCAUUCCUGAUGCUUAAACUGCUCCUGGUUGCCUAUUUACACAUCAACCACAUCAAACAGAUUUUACACAAUGAUAUCCUGCUUCUGCAGACAAUAGCUAGGGCAGCAUGACCUUCAUUGGUGCAGGCAGCAGCAAGCUUUUUCAAGAACUUAAAACAUAUCGUAUUCAUUCAUGUAUUUAUUUUCUAAAGCAUAAGGCUUUAUUUAAAUGAAUGCAGUCUCAGGGUUAUCCCUUGUGAAGAUGGAUGAGUUCUCUCUUUUAGCAUCAGCUCAUCGCGACCAUGUUCUGACCAUCUCCUCCACCGUUUUUGACUGUCCCUGGGUGAUAGGUUGGCAGGCUGGACUGCCGUCAUUUCACCACCACUGUUAGCAUCAAGUUCAUCCCAUAACCCUUAAGUGCUGCACCUCAGUCUAUCUCAACAUAAUAAGACAAUCAAACAUUCGUUAAAGGAACAAAGUAUGAAAUGCUGCACGACAUCACUAAUCAUAGAACGGAAUCCUAAAUAAGGACUUUCCUCCCACUUUGUGUCUCUGAAUUCUGCCACCACUGUCGAGUCCAGCAACAGUUAACUUCAUUUGAUUAUAGUUACAUGGGUAAUAUUAACAAAAUGCAGAAAUAAACUCAACCACAUCCCUUUGUUGUGUAGUACAGAAAGUGAUCUUGUUUCCAUUACACUCAUCAGCGAAGAAACUAAUCCUGAGUAUUAUUUUUGCUGCAUAUGUUCACGUCUUAAAAGCACUUUAUAAAAUUAAUUCAACUAUUUUCAGCACUCUUGAAAUCUAUCUUUAUCUUUGCCGUCAUUUAUAGAUAAAAUGAUUAUAUGUAAAAAUAUAUCCCUUGGUUACAUUGAAUAUAUUCAUGGAACACAAGCUAAGUUGUGAUCGUAUUUUGGUUUAAUGUUUUCUAUAACAAACCAUUCCUUGUAGGCCUAGCCUAGGGCCCCGCAGUAAGUAAUUACCUGUCUGUUAUCAGGAUCUGAUAGGGCUACACAGGGGUGUUAACAACUUUUUUGCAACAUCCACUUUCUGAGAAAAUAUUUAGACCUACAGUGGAUAGCGCUGUAAAUUAGACUAGUCUCCUGGUUUAAAAUUCCUUAGCUGAUGGAAUAAUCGUCUUAUCCACUAAAUGUGAAGGUCCAAAGGUUAGAGAUUUAAUUCCAGAACAUGGCACAAACUGCUUGUGCGACAUUACUGGCUCAUUUGGACAACAGUUGGUGCUGAGGAGUAUUUCUGGUUCCGUGUUUGGAAAGGGUUAAUGUUGUAACCCCUGGUCCCCAGAAGUAACAUCCUUUAUCUUUAUAAAGAAAAUGAGCUGGUUUGUUAGAGAAUUAAAACUGGACAUAUAAAACAAUUCUUUGAAAUUUGAUUACAACUGAUGGGAAUUUAACCAACAAGUUUUUAAAAUUAGUAAAAGACCUUGUGACAGUUUAGGAGAAUGGUUAUGGGUAAGCAGUGACGAUCUCUGAGCCCCACACAAUAGCACGAGCCUUAUUGCCUGGGUUUAUGUUUGCAUGUGACCCUGUCCUCUGGAUCCUGGUUAACUUGCUGUAGCAAUCAAAACACAAACCAGUUCAGAAAUAGAAUUAAGUUGCCUCAUCAACAGUGUUCUUUCAAUGUGAAAAAUCUGAGGCAGAUUUCAAAGAACCACUGUCCCUGCUCAACUAUCCAAAGCUAUGAGAGUUGGUACUGCCUCACAGGGUGCACCCGUUUGCCAUUGCCUGACCCCUGAUAACUGCCUUCCCCCAUGUACCUCGUCCACUGACCCCACCUCCUCCUUCCUCUAGGCUAGUGAAAUAUUUAAGGCCUUUGCUGAGGGCAACAGCUGGUAUUUUUGGAAGUGGGAGGUAAAACGUAACCCUGGUUGAACAUUCAGUGCAUCACUUGCUCAGAAGGAAUAAUUUAGAUUUCCUCUGCCCUAGAUUUGUAUUUUAAGAAUUAAAUUUUGAAGGGUGCAAAAGUACAAAUAUCAACAUUUUGUGAAGUAUAUCAUGGGUUAUAUAUUAUUUUUAAUCCAGAAAAGCUGCAUGUUCUAUUUUUAAAAAGUGCUUGCCUUUUGUGUAUGUAUAGCUUCUGGUUUUGUAAACUGAUUGCAUUGCUCUGAUUUAUUGUAACUAAUUGAUU